GUCACCACCAGAGAAUGUGUUCAUCAUCCCUGACAUGUUCACCAGCUGUUGCUGAGCAGAGCGGGGCGUGCCCUCCUGCAACACCUUUGUGAAUUAGACUCCAAUUUUUCCACUUGCCUAAUCACAUGUAUGACUACUAUAGACAAAAUAUGGCAUCUUGUUUUUUCCCCCGCUGAUUGCAGUGAAGACGCCCAUGGGGGGGGGGCGGUUCUAGUACUUUUCCCACCUUGUCAUGGGAGCUUUUUAAGGUGCCUCAUCUCUCCAGUGGAGCACUUGAAGGUUGAGCCUUUAAAGAAAAGGAGCGCCGGGAUCUGCAGGCCACCUGACGCGGUUUGAUUUAUUGCCCGCACACUCCUGAGCAAGCGCCUCUCAGAGACACAAUGGAGGACCAAUGGCAGAGGGCAUACGACUUUGCUGUUGAAGUGGCAAGGAAAGCCGGAGAGGAAAUUCGGAAAGCUGGCGAGCGUGAGAUCCGAGUCAUGACGAAGAGCUCCACUGUGGAUCUCGUCACCAAGACUGACGAGAGGGUGGAGAAAAUCAUCAUUGGGUCUCUCACAGACGAGUUUGGAGAGGGCACACACUGUUUUAUCGGGGAAGAGUCCGUGGCGAAGGGGGAGCCGUGCAUCCUGACUGACAAACCCACGUGGAUCAUCGACCCGGUGGACGGCACCACAAACUUUGUACACGGGUUUCCAUUUGUGGCUGUGUCCAUCGCCUUUGCAGUGAAUAAACAGUUGGAGUUUGGCGUUGUUUACAGCUGCUUGGAAGACAAGAUGUACAAAGCAAGGAAGGGGAAGGGAGCUUUCUGCAACGACCAACAGAUCCAGGUGUCCGAUGUGAAAGAUAUCCACAAGUCUAUCAUUAUUUCUGAGCAUGGAACUGACAGAAGCCCUGAAAAAGUGACCAAGACCUUUUCAACUAUGCAGAAGAUCCUCUGUAUCCCAGUUCAUGGGCUCCGGGGGUCAGGAACAGCGGCCACCAACAUGUGUCUGGUGGCGACCGGGGCAGUGGAAGCUUUCUUUGAGAUUGGCAUCCACUGCUGGGACAUUGCAGCCGGAGCCGUGAUUGUCCAAGAGGCCGGAGGAAUACUUCUAGAUGUUGACGGGGGACCGUUAGAUUUAAUGUCCCGACGGAUGGUUUCAGCAAACAACGAGACCAUCGCUAAACGGAUCAUCAAGGAAAUCGAAAUCUUCCCAGUGGUGAGGGACGACGCUCCUGCAGAGAAGCAAUGAGAAGAAAAGCUGUCCACACUGAAUGUCAAAAUGGACUAGAAAAUGAUAACAGUAUUUUUUUAAUGUAUGUUUUUCCCGAAUAAAGUUACUGAGCUGCAAUCAGCUGUCAUUGUCUAAAGCUGAACCCUCGUGUUCCCCUGGAGGCUCAUUUCGUCUAUUAAUAUCAGCUCACUUUGAUUGCCUCUCUGCGAUUGUCUGCGAAACAUUUUGAUUGAAGAGGGAAACGGCUAUAAUUUAACACUUAGCUAUUUCCUGCACAAUUUUCCCCUCUCUUCUGCAUUUUGCCAUCUGCUGUAACAAUAAAUGUGUUUUUUUUCCAAA